ACGGUCCGGGUUCGUGUGGUACUUACCACUGUAAGCUGUGUGGACCCCGAGGGAGGCAGAGCUGCCAUGGCUCUGCCGUGCCCUCUCCAAAGCUUACAUAGUGUCACUGUGGCGCGUUUGGGAGUUUCGUUGCUCUGCGGAAAGAUCCCUUGACUCUAAAUCCAUCAACAGUCAAUGGAGCUGGCCAGCACUCGGCAGCAGCCCCGUCAAGAUUGCCCGCUGUCCCGGGUCGUGUUGAGUUGUGGUGCUGUGAGGCAGGAGAUGGGCUCAGCAGCAGCCGGCGGGCCAUGAGGAGCAGCGAGGGACAGAGCCGCUGAAUUCACUCCAAGGGCAGCCCUGUGGAUGGCCCCGAAGCAAGCCUGAUGGAACAGCACAGAACCAACCAUGUGGAGGGCAACAGACUGAGUCCCUUCCUGACGCCUUCGCCUUCGCCCGUCUGCCAGACCGAAGCCCUGGCGACCAGGCUCCAGAAUGGAAGCCCCUUUGCGGAGAGCCCUCAGCGGGAGGUGAACGGAGACACCCCAUGGCCGGCGUUCCCGGGCCAGCCCGGCAUCCCCCCUGCGAAGGGCAGCCAGCUCCGCCACGCGAGCCCUGACUUGCCAGCGGUGCGGGGGCUGCCCCGGUGCCUGCAGAACGGCGGGAUAAAGCGCACGGUCAGCGAGCCCUCGCUCUCCGGCCUCCACCAGAGCAAGAAGCUGAGGCCAGACCAGAAGGCGAAUGGAGAAAGCGCGAACUUCGGGGAAAGCCCAGGGAGAGGCGGCGGCGAGGGCGGCGGGCGCCCCUCCGCCUCGGCCCCGAGUGAUAGGCAGGCCCCCUGGGGGGGCGCCGGGCAAGACCUGGCGGGGCUCUGCGCCCUCGGCCACGGCGCCCCCCAGCAUCCCCUGCUGCAGGGGCCUGCCCAGCACGACAAGAGCCUCGUGGCCCUGCUCCAGAACAAGGCGGUGCUAAUGCCUAACGGUGCUACAGUUCCCGCCUCCUCCGUGGAGGACGCGCAAGGUGAACUCCUGGAGAAGACGCUGUCUCAAUAUUACCCAGAUUGUGUUUCCAUUGCGGUGCAGAAAACCCCAUCUCACAUCCAAGUCGUUCCCAGGCAGGCUCCUAGCGAGUUGUCCUGUGACCUCUCUCCCCCGUCACAUACCUCAGGGCCCGCCGGCUGCCCGCAGCCCGCCUGCCCACGGCUGCACCCCGAAUCCGCGGGGCUGGUGCCCCUGGCCGGCGAAGCCGAUGCCGGGGAUCCCGCGGCCACAACCAGGACCUGCCCCUUCGAGACAGCAAAACAACACGCAGCCGCUUUCCAGGUCUGCCCGUCUCCUGCAGAAAACGAGGACGCCCCAGCCGUUCCAGUGACCGCCAGGCCCGCGUUGGGGGGCGAGUUCCCCACAGGGACCGGCGGCAGCCUCAGCACGGCGAGGCGAUCUUCACAGCAACACGAAACGAAUGGUGCUUACUUCAAGGAGGACUCAGUGUUCACUAAGGAUUCCAUUUCUGCCUCCACCCCGCCACCACCUCCACCACCAAGGCUCCUUUCUCCCCCUGUGCCCCUUCCACAGGCUCCUCCGCUUCCUCCAGAAGCAAAACGCACGGAGAAGGAGGACGUUUCAGAGGGACACCCUCACUGCCCCAACCAAAGUAACGUGGUUCUCGUACAGGAAGUGAAGAGGGAGAGUCCCGCCGAGGCACCACUGCCUCAGGGCCCCCGUGUGCCCACCCCCUCUCGGAUGCUUCCAGAAAGGCUGCAAAAUAAUUGCGUCCCCAAGAGUGACUCCUGGGCCCCAGCCCAGAUGACUGCUUCGUCAUGUUCUGAGGAAACGGGACCCAGGUCAGAACAUGUCCAGCGUCACCCGGUGCCCGCUGAUGGCAGAGACCAGUCGCAGGCAGGAUGCACAGAGCAAGAUGAGCUGCAGGAUGGAGAGGAGGAGCGGCCUGGAGAUCGGGGCCUCCCAGCUCAGCCCUACCUGAAGCCAGGCUGGAUUGAACUGAAGGCCCCUCACUUUCACCCAGCAGAGUCCCACCCACAGGGUAGCGAGGCCUCCCUGCCUUCUGCCCUUCCCUACCAGUCCAUUCCCUCCCCUCAGGUCACCUCCAAACAAUACACUGGAAGUUCCAGCCUGCCCCGGGGGCUCCUGGUGCAUUCGAACACCCAGAGAAUCGUGGGGCCGGAGCACCAGCCUCAGAGGCACCCGGUGGAGAUGAAACAGGGGCAAUCUCAGGGUGCUGGGGACCAGCAGCUCCACCUUCCGAAAGCCCCGGUGCACUUUGCCAACUCAGACCCUUCACCUGAAGCUCAUGUGCAGUCACUGUGCACCCCCAGAUUUCAUUUUCAACAAAGACCAGAGCCCCAAAUGGACAAGCUCCCUGCCCCGACCUUCAAGCAGCACUUGCUUCCGCAGGCUUCAGAGACAGAGCUGUUCUCCAACUCACACUUUCUGCCGCACAAGCCUCAGAAGCAGGCGGCACAAAUACAACUGCCCCAGAAUUCACAUCUCUGUCAAAACCAGCAGCAGCAGCAAAAUUCACAGAUGAAGAAUAAGGAACAGAUGCCCCAGAGUUUUCCUUAUUCACAAGGCAACAACGACCAGCAAAGAGAUGGAGCUUUCUUUAGGCACGUGAAGGUGGAAGAGAGCUUUCGUGGUGAGCGUCAGUAUUCAAAAUCAAACGAGUUCCAGGCCCCACACACCCAGAUGGGACUGGAGCAAGCUCAGAGUUUGAAUAAUCGCAAUUCUCCCUACGGGCAGAUCCUGAAAUCAAAUGCCGACCAGGUUAAGAUUUCUUGUUCAAACAGUACGUACUCAGCUCCAGACCAUAAAGAACGGGGUAUCCCCUCUGAACUGUUUGCAGGACACAAGACCCAAAACUUGCAUCACAUGCAAUAUUUUCCAAAUAAUGUGACUUCCAAGCAAGAUGUUUCUAGGUGCUUUCAAGAAUCCGAGCAGAAGUCUUACCAGGCUUCUGCUCUACAGGCAUGCAAAGCUCGAAACCCAGAUGUGCCAGCCCAGCACAUCGCAUGGCACAGGGGCCUGGCACGGAGCCAAACAGAUGUUUUCCCUGUGCCCAACCCCGGGGGCAGUCACACACAGACCCCUCCCCACAAGGACAUUCAGAAGCACGCCGCUUUAAGGUGGCACCUCUUACAGAAGCAAGGGCAGCAGCAGCAGCCAGCACAGCCAUCCCAAACAGACUUUGGCCAGCAGCAGAUGCACAGGCCAAUUAAGGUGGAGCCCGGAUCCAAGCCCCAUGCCUGUAUGCACCCCACGUCCACACAGCCAGAAAACAACACGUGGAAAAAGAUAGCUAAGCAAGAGGUGCUGCCGCCACACUGUGAGACCGUGCAGCAGAGGAGCAGUCUGGAAGCAAUGGAGCAGCAUCUGAAGCAGUUGCAGGCCAGGUCUCUAUUUGACCACAAGGUGCCCACUCUCAAAUCACAGAAGCAAAUCAAAGUUGAAAUGUCGGGGCCAGUCACGGUUCUGACCCGACACACCUCUGCUGCCGACCUCCACAGCCGCACCCCGGCUUUAGAGCAGCAAGCAACUCCAUCUUUAGAAAAGACACCAACCAAAAGAACAGCUGGUUCUGUUCUCAAUCAUUUUUUAGAGUCACCUUCCAAAUUGCUAGAUACACCUAUAAAAAAUUUAUUGGAUACACCUGUCAAGACUCAGUAUGAUUUCCCAUCAUGCAGCUGUGUAGAGCAAAUUAUUGAAAAAGAUGAAGGUCCUUUUUAUACCCAUCUAGGAGCAGGUCCUAAUGUGGCAGCUAUUAGAGAAAUCAUGGAAGAAAGGUUUGGCCAGAAGGGAAAAGCUAUUAGGAUCGAAAGAGUCGUGUAUACUGGUAAAGAAGGCAAAAGCUCUCAGGGAUGUCCUAUUGCUAAAUGGGUGGUGCGCAGAAGCUGCAGUGAGGAGAAGCUGUUGUGCUUGGUGCGGGAGCGAGCAGGCCACGCAUGCGAGGCCGCCGUGAUCGUCGUCCUCAUCCUGGUGUGGGAAGGCAUCCCCCUGCCGCUGGCCGACCAGCUGUACUCAGAGCUCACGGAGACGCUGCGGAAGUCUGGCACCCACACCAACCGCCGCUGCGCCCUCAACGAAGAGAGAACCUGUGCCUGUCAGGGGCUGGACCCAGAGACCUGCGGUGCCUCCUUUUCUUUCGGUUGUUCGUGGAGCAUGUACUACAAUGGAUGUAAGUUUGCCAGAAGCAAGAUCCCAAGAAAAUUUAAGCUGCUUGGGGAUGACCCAAAAGAGGAGGAGAAACUGGAGGCUCAUUUACAAAACCUGUCCACUCUGAUGGCACCAACAUACAAGAAACUUGCACCUGAUGCCUAUAAUAACCAGAUCGAAUAUGAGCACAGAGCACUGGAGUGCCGGCUGGGGCUGAAGGAAGGCCGUCCCUUUUCAGGGGUCACCGCCUGCCUGGACUUCUGUGCCCACGCCCACAGGGACCUGCACAACAUGCAGAACGGUAGCACGCUGGUGUGCACCCUCACCAGAGAGGACAAUCGCGAGAUCCGAGGGACCCCGGAGGACGAGCAGCUCCACGUCCUGCCUCUCUACAAGGUCUCGGACGUGGACGAGUUCGGGAGCGCGGAGGCGCAGGAGGCGAAGAAGCGCAGCGGCGCCAUCCAGGUGCUCAGUUCUUUCCGGCGCAAAGUCCGGAUGUUGGCAGAACCGGUCAAGACCUGCCGCCAGCGGAAACUGGAAGCCAGGAAGGCUGCGGCUGAAAAGCUGUCGUCCCUGGAGAGCAGCAAGAGCGAGAAGGAGAAGUCGGCCGCGGCCCGGGCCAAGCCGCCGGACGGCGCCGGCCAGGCCAAGCAGUUGGCAGAGCUGUUGCGACUUUCGGGACCAGUCAUGCCGCCAGCCCAGCAGCCCCCGCAGCCGCCGCCCCAGCCCCAGCCGCCCCAGGAGCCCCCGCCCCCCGCGCAGCCGCACCCCUCCCUCCCGCGCACUCGCGAGCCCGCCGGCUCGUACCCCUCCCCGGGGCCCGCCGGCCUGUGCGUGAGACGGGCCGCCCCGGCGAGCCCCUACCCCGGCUCCGCGCACGCUGCGGAGCUGUAUGGGGGCGCCCCCCCCGGGGAGCUCUACCCCGCCGCGUCUCAGGCCCCGGGGCCCUAUUUGAGUUCGUCGAGCCCCAUGAACCCCUACCCCGGGCUCCUGACUCAGAACCGCCAGUACCCGGCCUACCCGUGCAACGGCGGCGUGUCGGUGGACGCCUGCGCGCAGUACCUGGGCGCCUACGCCGCCCCGCCCCAGCCCGUGGACCUCUACAGGUGCCCCGGCCCGGACGCCCUCGCCAAGCUCAGCCUCCCGCCCAUCCACACGCUCUACCAGCCGCGCUUCGCCGGCAGCCAGACCUUCCCCUCCAAGUACCUGGGGUACGGGCACGAGCGCCUGCCGGCCGACGCCUUCAGGGGCUGCGCGCUCAGGCCCGGCGCGCACGCCGUGGGGCCCUUCCCGCCCUACGCCGGCGCCGAGCUGGAGGGCCGCUUCGUGGGCGCCCCCUCCGGGCUGCCGCCCGGCUGGCGCCACCCCGGCCUGGACUACAAGAACGGGGAGCACCACCCCCCCGCCCACCUCCUCCACAACUACGCGCCCGGCGGCCUGUUCGGCGGCUCCCUGGGCGGCCUGCGCCUGCCGCGCCCCGAGAACGAGCUGCUGGCGCACGCCGCCCACGGGCUCUCCAAGCUGCUGGCCCCCGAGGGCCCGCCCAAGCCCCCGGAGGCGGGCCGGCCGGAGAAGCCGCCGCCCGCGGCCGAGGACAAGGACGACGUGUGGUCCGACAGCGAGCAGAGCUUCCUGGACCCCGACAUCGGCGGCGUGGCCGUGGCGCCCGCCCACGGCUCCAUCCUCAUCGAGUGCGCCAAGCGCGAGCUGCACGCCACCACCCCGCUCAAGAACCCCAACCGCAACCACCCCACGCGCAUCUCGCUGGUCUUCUACCAGCACAAGAGCAUGAACGAGCCCAAGCACGGCCUGGCGCUCUGGGAGGCCAAGAUGGCCGAGAAGGCCCGCGAGAAGGAGGAGGAGGGCGAGCGCCACGGGCCCGAGCACGCGCCCGCCCGCGGCCACGGCCACGGCCACGGCCACGGCCGCCGGCCCAAGCGCGAGCCCGCCGAGCCGCACGACGCCGCGCAGCCCACCUGCCUGCGCUUCAUCCGCUCGCUGGCCGAGAGGACCGUGUCGCUGACCACGCAGUCCACCGUGACCACGGCCCCCUACGCCUUCACGCGGGUCACCGGGCCCUACAGCAGGUACAUCUGACGCGCCCCGGGCACGCGGGG